AGUCCCAGUCCCAUACUCAGUCCCAGACUCAGAACAGGCAGAUAUCAAAAUUCCUAACCAGUCUUCUUUAGAUCCUAUGAAAGGUAAAGAGGGGCCUCAGAGUUCCAGAGACUCUCCCUCUGAGUCUGAGACUGUGCCUGUUGCUAAGCCUGGAUCUGAGCCAGUCACUAAGGCUCUUGUUCCAGCGGAAACUGUCUUUGACCUGCCCUCCGUUUCACUGAGUGAUCAGUCUGAUAGUAAUGAGCUCAUAAAGAUACUGAAGCGUCCAGGUCCCAUGCUGAGUCACUUGGAGUUCAUCAAUGACUGUGACGUUUCACCUCCUGGACUCUGGGACUGUCAUGGUGGCGGUCACUAUGACAGCAUUGCACUUCCUGAUCAUGUGACAGGGGAAAUGACAUCACUUCCUGAUCAUGUGACAGGGGAAAUGAGACAGGCAGCAUCUAUAAUACUGGAUUCAGAGUACAGAGAUUACCUGAGACACAGGGAGGACGAGUAUGAAACUGGUGACUGUGGUGACAAAGGACCACUGGCUGAAAAGGUUAAAGGGAAGGUUGGCGAGAAGCUUCUAGAACAAGUCUCCAUCUCUGAAUCACCAUCUCAGCCUCAGGCUACAACAGUAUCAACAGCUGGAUAUGAUAACACCAUUCCCCUACAUGUAUUUAACAUUGGAGCUGAGUCCGAGGUAGAAGAGCCUGUCAGGGUAAAUCUAUUCCGUAGUGCUGUGUCUAUUGAAGAUGAUGUCAUCAAUGUGGGUUUGUCCGUUAACGAUGACAGCCCAACACCCAGUGCUGAGCAGCCAAUCAGCAGCCAGCCUCAUGAUGUAAACACAGAGGACAAACGGGGAGACAAACAGAAAGACGAGAGGAAGAGGAAGGACGAGAGGAGACAAAAUGAAACGGAAGACGAAGACAAAAAGGGAGAUCAGAAUCUCUCUCACAAACGACAGGAAAUAGAGGAGGAUGACAAGCAGAAAGGAAAAUGGAAUCAGCCGAGUAAACAACAAGAGAGUAGUGAGACUGAUAAAAAAACAGGACAGGAAAUCCGAGGCACCAGAUAUCAUUCAGAACAGAAAGAGACACAGAUAGAGUCACAAAUAGUGUCUGUGCUGGACCAGAGAGACGAGAAUAGUGGAAGACCAGGUAAAGGAGAGGAGAAGGCUGUGGCCUCAUUUAACCCCCGCCUGGCUCCUCCAGGGUCGUCUAAGGACGUGUUAUGUUGCAGUGGAGACUCUUUCCAUUUAUCCUCUCCCUCUGUGUUAGAACAAAGUCUCUACCCCAUGCUGCCUGUGCCAGCAACAGUACCAACAGAACCCUGCGCUGAGAGGGACCCCUCUGUACCUGAUUUGACUGAAAAUGCAGCUCUUAUUCAAUCAGAUUCAGCGAUUCUUCCAAAACGUUUCGCUCAGCAACAAGAACAUGAAGAGCAGCAGGAGAGGCCAGGAUCCAGUCCUGCCUCAGACAACAUAUCAGACGGUUUAGAAACAGACGACGAACGCACAGCGUUACUCACAACUUCACCACUACUGCCGGGGGUAACACAGGGAACAGAGAGGACCCUGGGAGGUUUGCGUCAGGGAGAGAACAGGAAGUCAGGUGAUGGCAGCUAUGUCACCGAUGGAGGGAAAGGUGGAGAAAUAGGUGGAGAGAAAGAUGGAGAGAAAGGACCAGACACAGAGGAGGGAGAGGGGGAAAGGACUUAUACUGUAGAGGACUAUAGUUUCAACCGUGGUCAUGAAGGAAUCAAUAUAUCACCUCAUAGUCACCAUCGUUUCAUUUUAGACUGGGAUAGUGGGGAUGUUGAGAGAGACAGCAACACAGGGACUGUAGUUAAAGUCCCUGCUGGUAGGGAAAAAAGACAGGACACAGAUAAAAACCAAAGCACCGGACCAGGAGAAGUCACCGUCCUGUCUGAUUCCGUCAGUUCAGAUCUCGAGGGUCUGUCGAUGAAGGAGCGUGUGGAGGUUAAAGGUCAGAGAAUUGACGCUAUAACACCGGUUUGUGAAGACGGACACAGCGAAACAGAGACCGCAGAGAACUCUGCAGCCCCUGUCGGAACGGAUUCACACCGAGACGAAACCACACCGCUGGAAUGUCCCGUCUCAUCGUCCUUAUGUUCACAGGGAAGGGUCAGCAGCGAGGGGCACGGGGUUCACAAGGAGGAGAACAUAAUACGUAAUCCAGAAAAGGGGGCCAAACCUAACCCAGUCUCAGACCACCAGACCAAAGGUACUGUCCCUGUCAAACUGAUCCCAGACCAGUUCACAGACACUCCUGUCAUAAUGGCUGACUCUCACCCUGUCCAGGUCAAUAUCGAAGCCUCUGUACAGGAUGCAGAAUACAACGCAGUUGAACCAUUGUCGGUUCAUGACGUGGUCAAAACCAGAAACAUUAGUGGAACUCAGGAGAGUCCUGAUCGAAAUGACGACCGUGAUCCUGAGCCUCGUGUGGUCCAGAAGGCCUUCAGCACGACAACAACAACAACCACAGAAAGCCCCACAGCAGUACAACUAGCUGACUCAGAGAGAGAGGCCACAGAAAGCCCCACAGCAGUACAACUAGCUGCCUCAGAGAGAGAGGCCGCAGAAAGCCCCACAGCAGUACAACUAGCUGACUCAGAGAGAGAGGCCGCAGAAAGCCCCACAGUAAUACAACUAGCUGCCUCAGAGAGAGAGGCCGCAGAAAGCCCCACAGUAAUACAACUAGCUGCCUCAGAGAGAGAGGCCACAGAAAGCCCCACAGUAAUACAACUAGCUGCCUCAGAGAGAAAGGCCACAGAAAGCCCCACAGUAAUACAACUAGCUGCCUCAGAGAGAGAGGCCGCAGAAAGCCCCACAGCAGUACAACUAGCUGCCUCAGAGAGAGAGGCCGCAGAAAGCCCCACAGUAAUACAACUAGCUGCCUCAGAGAGAGAGGCCGCAGAAAGCCCCACAGCAGUACAACUAGCUGCCUCAGAGAGAGAGGCCACAGAAAGCCCCACAGCAGUACAACUAGCUGCCUCAGAGAGAGAGGCCACAGAAAGCCCCACAGCAGUACAACUAGCUGACUCAGAGAGAGAGGCCACAGAAAGCCCCACAGCAGUACAACUAGCUGACUCAGAGAGAGAGGCCACAGAAAGCCCCACAGCAGUACAACUAGCUGACUCAGAGAGAGAGGCCGCAGAAAGCCCCACAGCAGUACAACUAGCUGACUCAGAGAGAGAGGCCACAGAAAGCCCCACAGUAAUACAACUAGCUGACUCAGAGAGAAAGGCCACAGAAAGCCCCACAGUAAUACAACUAGCUGACUCAGAGAGAGAGGCCAAAGAAAGCCCCACAGUAAUACAACUAGCUGACUCAGAGAGAGAGGCCACAGAAAGCCCCACAGUAAUACAACUAGCUGACUCAGAGAGAGAGGCCACAGAAAGCCCCACAGUAAUACAACUAGCUGACUCAGAGAGAGAGGCCGCAGAAAGCCCCACAGUAAUACAACUAGCUGCCUCAGAGAGAGAGGCCACAGAGGAGAAUAUUGAGGCCUUGAACAGGAAGAAAGAGAGGAAACAAAAGCAGAAGAAAAAGAAGGAGGAAAAACAGACUGGUUCUACCCCAGAACAGACUGGUUCUACCCCAGAACAGACUGGUUCUACCCCAGAACAGACUGGUUCUACCCCAGAACAGACUGGUUCUACCCCAGAACAGACUGGUCCUACCCCAGAACAGACUGGUUCUACCCCAGAACAGACUGGUUCUACCCCAGAACAGACUGGUCCAACCCCAGAACAGACUGGUUCUACCCCAGAACAGACUGGUCCUACCCCAGAACAGACGGGUUCUACCCCAGAACAGACUGGUCCUACCCCAGAACAGACUGGUUCUACCCCAGAACAGACUGGUUCUACCCCAGAACAGACGGGUUCUACCCCAGAACAGACUGGUUCUACCCCAGAACAGACUGGUUCUACCCCAGAACAGACUGGUUCUACCCCAGAACAGACUGGUCCCACCCCAGAACAGACUGGUUCUACCCCAGAACAGACUGGUCCUACCCCAGAACAGACUGGUCCUACCCCAGAACAGACUGGUCCAACCCCAGAACAGACUGGUCCUACCCCAGAACAGACUGGUCCUACCCCAGAACAGACUGGUCCUACCCCAGAACAGACUGGUUCUACCCCAGAACAGACUGGUCCUACCCCAGAACAGACUGGUCCUACCCCAGAACAGACUGGUUCUACCCCAGAACAGACGGGUUCUACCCCAGAACAGACGGGUUCUACCCCAGAACAGACUGGUUCUACCCCAGAACAGACUGGUUCUACCCCAGAACAGACUGGUCCCACCCCAGAACAGACUGGUUCUACCCCAGAACAGACUGGUUCUACCCCAGAACAGACUGGUCCCACCCCAGAACAGACUGGUUCUACCCCAGAACAGACUGGUCCAACCCCAGAACAGAAAGAGAUGUCAGUUACUGGGUCUACCACAGAACCACAGACAGAACCACAGAUAGACCGGUUGGCUGCUCUCAGAUCCGUCUCUCAGUCCGACCAACAGAACACAAUGCAGUCACCUGAGAGAACUGCAGCACCCAGAACCUUCCAGCCUCUGGAGCCUUUGGAGUCUCCUGUAGCAGAGUUUCAUACCCUCUCUGAAGAGGCAGCCACCCCUCUGGGCCAGAGAGAAGACACACUAGCGAAGGAAGAGGAGCUACCAGGACAGGAGAAGACAUUUCCUCUACCAGGACAGGAGCUACCAGGACAGGAGAAGACCUUUCCUCUACCAGGACAGGAGCUACCAGGACAGGAGAAGACCUUUCCUCUACCAGGACAGGAGCUACCAGGACAGGAGAAGACCUUUCCUCCACCAGGACAGGAGCUACCAGGACAGGAGAAACCAGAACAGGAGAAGACCUUUCCUCCACCACGACAGGAGAAGACCUUUCCUCCACCAGGACAGGAGCUACCAGGACAGGAGAAGACAUUUCCUCCACCAGGACAAGAGAAGACCUUUCCUCCACCAGGACAGAAGCUACCAGGACAGGAGAAGACAUUUCCUCCACCAGGACAGGAGCUACCAGGACAAGAGAAGACCAUUCCUCUACCAGGGCAGGACAAUGGGUCCUCCCUGACUGAGGUGAGUAGUGAGCCUCCCCUUGUCACCUCCUCUUCCCCACGCCCUCCUCCUGCCUCCUCCCCACCCCCUCCUCCUGCCUCCUCCCCAUCCCCUCCUACUGCCUCCUUCCCACCUCUUCCCACGUCUCCUGGAGAAGUCUUCCAGUUCUCUCCUGCCCUCCCUACCUACCUUCAGGAAGACUUCCCUACUCCUCCAGAGAGGCUAGGCCCUGAGCCUGCUGAGCCCCAGACACCCCCACCUGCAUCCCCCCGGACCCCACUAGCAGCCCCAGCCGACCCCCAAGAACCAGCCUUACCAGCAUCCCCAGAACCAGCCUUACCCGACCAGGCCCCACCAGCCCCGGCCAACCCUGCACCAGCCCCGGCAUACCCACCUCCACUCGUUGAGAGUCAGGAGGACACCACCACCUCUACAGCUGUAUUCUCUGACCUCCCGGCAGAAGCCCCGGCCUCCCUCCCUCGACCUCCAGUCCCUGGGAAGGACUCCACCUCCACCCCCGUACCCUGUGAAUCCACACCCAGGAGCUCAGACUCUGACGGAGCGUUCGAGACCCCAGAGUCGACCACCCCUGUCAAGUCCCCCACGGAGACAGACCCUCAUACCCAGCCGCUGACCUCGGAAGACACCGGUCUGGGCUGUGACUCUGAGGUCGACGGUGAACCCGGGUCAGAGGCUAAAGGUCACCAUGGUAGCUCCCUGUCCAUAGUCUUUGACGAGGACAAGCCCAUCGCUGCUAGCGGAGCUUAUAACCUAGAGCAGCUCAUAGCUGCAGCUGCAGCUGCAGAGGCCCAGAGCCGAUCAACUCUAACCCGCUCUCUGAGCCUCCAGGCUGGGCAGCUAGACGGCACCGGCCCCUUAGACGGCGGAGGAUUCUCCAUCUCAAUCGGAGACUCCCGUCCCUUAGCUGAAGCCUUUAGUGUCGACGGUGGUACUGAGAGUGCUCCAGGGACUCUCCGCAGACCCUCCAAGAAGGGGCCUCUCCGCCCCGGCGGCUCCCUGAAAAAGAAGCCUCUCCCCAGGCAGAGCUCUAACCUAGAGAGCCCCCAACCUCCAUCCUCUGGAACCACAGCGGAACCGCUGAAGGAGAGUGCCGAGCCCACCAGAGCAGCCAGCCCCCUAUUGGCCUCUGAGGAUCCGGAAGUAGGAGGAACCACAGUAGACUCCGCCCCUGGUCCUACCUCGGCCACGCCCAGUCCAGGAGGCACGUUCUGCAGAACCAGGAAGUCAUAUGUGGAAAGCUCCGCCUCGCUCACUGAAGAGACCAAUCACACUAGCCCAGAGACAGAUAACCAACUAAUCCUGGCCCCUACUUCUAUUCUGACCCCGACCCCAGCUAUCUCUAUACCCAACCGACAGGAGGACACCCCCAUCUCCGUGCCGGAGGCCCCCCCAGGCAGCGAAGGCUCUCCCCCCAGUGGGACCUACAAAUGGGACCCAGACAACUUUGAAGACAUCGACCCGUUCAACAACGGAGGGAGUAAAGUCGCUAACUCCCCUCCCCCAGAGCGCCCCAACGCCGAUCCGGCUCUUCCCUCAACCAGCCCCCCUAUUCGAACCUCAGGGGCGGUCAGACUGGAGUUUGACUAUUCUGAGGAGACCCUGGAGGAGCCUCCCAAGGCCUCCUCUCCACCACCCAAGAAGCUGGGCAAAAAAACAGGCUCCAAGAUGCCUCUAAGGAAGACCAGGAUGGGUCUAAAGAAGGCCGUGCAGCCCCCAUCUGAACCCCUCGACAACACCCCAGUCCCCGAUAACAUCCCCAUCUCGAAGGCCUCCUAUAGCUUUGACCCGGCCCAGUGGGACGACCCUAACUUCGACCCGUUCGGAUCUAACAGCGGGAUCCCUAUCUCUCCCGAGCUGAACAAACCCUCCUAUAACUUUGACUCCGACACCUUCAAUGAGUCGGCUGUUAACACCUUCAAGGGUUCGUCCAAUAGGACGGCUGUGUUUCCACCCAAGGCUGCCUCUGGCUCCGCCUCUUUCGAGGUGUCGGCCAAUGACGACGAGGUUGAUAACGAUAACGAUGAAGUUAAGGAGCUGGAGGACCACAACCAGAACAAACCGGUUAAGACCAAGAAGAAACCAAUCAAAUCUAAUACUUUCAGAGUCAAGAGGUCCCCAAAGAGAUCGCCCAUGUCUGAUCUAUCAUCACAAGAUCCCUCCCCAGUAGAUGAAGCCCAGCCUCCUAUCCCCCCGUUACAGGACGACCACGCUACAGACGAGGAGAAGCUGGCUUCUUCCUCCAAUCAAAAAGAGAAGCUGGUCUCCUCAGCCAACCACAUGUGGGCAUCCAUGGAGGCAGAGAGGACCUCUGACCCCCAUGAGGACUUCCCCCAACCCUCUGACCUCACAGCCUUUGUCAACGAGAAGAGUCAAGUGUCAGACUAUGAGAUUGAGUACAUGGAGAAGACUGUCUCUUCUUCACCGCCUCUGUCUGUGAAGAAACCUUCUGCUCUCUACUUGAAGCUGGACUCUGUGACAGACAGCCUGACCAAGCCUGACCACAGAUCAGAACCCAACUCUCCCUGCACAGGGAGUUUUGAGGAGAUAGAGGCCCAGAUCACAGCCCAGAUGAAGACCCCGGUGUUGGGCUCUCGGCCCGGUCCGGAGGGGUCUCGGCCCGGUCCGGAGGGGCCCGCUGGAGAGAAGGAGAAGACCAGGAAGAGAGAGAGCCAGUCACUCAGCCGGACACAGAGCACAGACAGGGAUCAUGGAGUGCUACCCACCCAGGGCCCUAUGGAGGUCCCAGCCCCAGACGCACCCCACUUAACCAGGCUGUCUGAGUGCCCUGACCCCCUGGUGAACCUGGAAGCUGACCUGGCAGAGACCAACCCCACUGCCUUUGCCCUCAAACUGCAGCAGAGAGACAGAGAAGUGAUGUCAUCAACAGUGGACAGGGACAGCAUGGUGACUAAGAGUUCUUUACACCCGGACGGCGGGCUACGGAGACGGGGGGAGAGGGAGAGGGAGAGCCCGUACCUACCCAAAAACCUAGAUUACUCUCUGGGCAUCGCACGAGAAGAGAUCGUGUCCAAGGAGAAGGAGGUACUGGAGUGGCAGAGGAAGUACGAGGACAGUCGACAGGAAGUGCUGGAGAUGAGGAGAAUCGUGUCAGAGUAUGAGAAGACCAUUGCACAGAUGAUUGACGAUGAGCAGAAGGAUAAGUCUCUGUCUCGCCACACCAUCGAGCAGCUGAUCGUAGAGAAGGACCAGGCUCUUUCAGACCUCAACUCAGUAGAGAAAAGUCUGGCUGAACUGUUCAGACGAUACGAGAAGCUGAAGGACGUCCUCGAGGGCUACCGCAAGAAUGAGGAGGUGUUGAAGAAGUGUGCUCAGGAAUACCUGUCCCGAGUGAGGAAGGAGGAACAGCGUUACCAUGCCCUGAAGAUCCAUGCAGAGGAGAAACUAGACAAGGCGAACUCUGACAUCGCCCAGGUGAGGAUGAGGGCUCGUCAGGAAACGGCAGCAUACCAGGCCUCUCUCAGGAAGGAGACCAUGAAGGUGGACUCACUGGAGAGAACCCUGGAACAGAAGAACAAAGAGAUCGAAGAGCUGACCAAGAUCUGUGACGAGCUGAUCGCCAAGAUGGGGAAGAGCUAGCAACGCUGAAUACGUCCGUCACUACGUCUCCAGGACCUCAGGUGGACGGAGUGGUAAAGGAAGACAGAAGGACAGAUGGAUUGACGGACGGCUGAGGAUGUUCUACACUACUGACAGACUAUUUCCAUGUAUCUACUGGCAACAUCGCCCCCAAGAGUAUUGGAGGGUAACUCCUGGUCGAUGGCUUCCUCACCAUGUACAUUUUGAUGUGUCAAUGUGUACCACGUUUCCUGUAUCAAUGGUUUGGUGAAAGGGACUUGGUUAUCAUGAAUGAGAGAGAGAGUGUGUGGGUGGUGGGUGUGUGUGUGUGUGUGUGUGUGUGUGUGUGUGAUAGAGAGAAAGAGCAUUGAUUAAAGGCAUCAAAUGAUGGGAAAGACUGUUGGACUGCUGUUGUCAUCAGUUCUUAACACGAGAGAAUGAAUGUUGGAUGAAUAGAAAAACAGCAAUAUUAUGUGUGUAUAUAUAUAUAUAUAUAUAUAUAUAUAUAUAUAUAUAUAUACACUGCUCAAAAAAAUAAAGGGAACACUAAAAUAACACAUCCUAGAUCUGAAUGAAUGAAAUAAUCUUAUUAAAUACUUUUUUCUUUACAUAGUUGAAUGUGCUGACAACAAAAUCACACAAAAAUAAUCUAUGG